GUAAACUAAACCACCGGAACGCGCAACCAUCGUGCGUUGGUGACAUUUGCUAAACAUGGCGGACUAUGACAAGAUCCCAGUGGCCGUGGUGGGCACUUCCCGGGAGGCGAUGUUGAUCAGGGAGAUCGAGGAUGGACAUACUUCAGAUGACUUCAUGGAAGUCAAUCACGGAAAUGGGCCAAAGAACUUCCGAUACAAGGCAGCAGCCAUGACCUGCGGCUUGCUCAUGUUGGGUGCAGUGAUCUUCUUUUUCUCCGAUCCGUGCCGUUCUCCCAUGAAACUCUUCUCAAGCUCCGAUAUUGAGUUGGUGGAAGAGAAACAGCUUGAAGCGGCCUCACGUCACUUGAAGUCCAUCACCUCCCGUGCGGAUGCUGACAAGAUGGUGGCACAAGCUAUGGCCAAGGC